AUGAUGAUGGUGAGUGACGACUGUAUGGUGGAGUAUCCCAUCAGUGACAGUGGUGAAGAUGAUGCAGAGGGAGAGGAAAUAAAUACUCCCCCUCCUCCUCCAGAGUUUGCUUCAAAAACUGAGAAUCCCUUACCCAGCGCAGGUCCAGAUACCACCCCAAAUGUCAACAGGGACCCCCUUGGGAUCAACCAACACCUAAAGGUGGAGGUCAGUGAUGUUCUUUCAGCACCAGCACCUCCUCAUCACAUUGACCAAAUGUGGCUCUUCAGUGCUGUUGGUUUUGAGAAGACACGCGUAUGGACAUAUCAUUUCCUGUCCUUGUUUUUGGCUGUGCCCUUCGCUUUCCUCUGUGGCUCCUUCUUGGCAGUUCUCACAUGUCUACACUUCUGGUUCGUGGUUCCAGUCCUACAAAUGAGUAACACCUUCCGUCCCUGCCUGCGGACAUUGUGCUUUUGUGCUGUGAACAUCUUCAUUGCACCUUUCUGUAUGUUUUUUGCUCUGUGCUGUAGUCAUAUGGCCCUUUUAGUGUCAAGCAGGGAUUGGCACCAAAUGAGAGAUAAACACAUUGUGUGA